UUGCCCUGAUUGCAGAACUCGUCCCGACGCAAAUGAGACAUAAGAAACAACUUCUGAAAGUGAGAUGAGGUAUUGUCUUCGAAAUCUCAGAAAUGUAGAACGCCUGGAUAAGCAACAGCGUUGGAAGUACGCGUCAGCUAAAACGCAGCAGCUAGAAUCAGCAGACACAGCUCGGGGAAAGUGCGUUGGCCGUUAUGCCGUCGUGUGUACGGCGAGCAUUCUUCGUGGUGCUUCUACACGUAGUGAAGCUUUCUACCUGAGGAACGCAGUUCAGAAGUUCGUUGAUGAUACGGCAAAAGGUACAGGAAGUCAAGUGGAAUGGUGGGACAUAUCUGCGAGGCAAGACGAGAUCAAACUCAACAUCGACUACCACUGGUACAAAGUAGACCUGACGGCAGGGACUAUCAUGUAUGCCAACCCAACAGUGCAGAAGUCCGUCAAAGAACUCUAUCAAGAGGACUUUCCCAACGAUUCUGAAAAGGAUGGAGCAUUUGUGCUAGACAAGAAACUACCCGUCAAUAACAGGUACUCCUGGAGCACAGACACUGCACUGGAGUCCAACUAUCUGAUCAGGGUUAGCGUAUCGCCCCCUCCUAACAUGGGCCUGACAAAUGACGUGAAGGAAACGUUACUUCUCGACAAAGAUGAAUACAAAAGUGUGGACGUACCCAUGGAGUUCCAGGCCAGUAGAAGCGAAGUGGUGCAUCCAGGCAUGACGCUCAACGCAAGGGUUGUCGUCAACGAAACUGUUACGGAAUACCCUUGGGCCGUUGAGGUAACCAUCAAAGGAUGCAUAGCUGUGAAAUAUCGGCAGCCGGUAGCUGGGAAGCUGCUGCACUGCUACCCCGUGAGUAACCUGGUGGCGCAAGAGAAAUUACUCACACGCACUCCAGAUCCCAGCAUCGUUAAGUUUACGGCAAAGGGCAAGUUCUCCGCCGUUCAGCAUUCGGGUAUCAAAGUAGAAGUGGAGGAAGAGGAUACUGGAGCGAUCGACUGGGGACCGUCCAGCGAUGAAGAAGAUGAUGAAGAAGAACAAUAAAACACUUCUCGAGCGUUUGGAGCACGGAAGCGAUGGCCGUCAUGGCGGAUAAAAAGGAUGACGAACGCGAAGAAGAUGAACAUGAUAGCACGUGGCUGUUUGUUAUUUGUUGUACCUCGAACCAUGGAGGAAGGCAGGGACGAAAGAUCAUGACAUCCUAGAUUUCUUGCGCGCGUCCUUUCGUCCAAAAUUGUAGCAGGUACGACGUUUGACCCUCCUGGUCUCAGCAAUGGGAGGCGUUCACGGAGUACCUGAGUCGCCAGAUUUCGGCAAGAACCUUAUGAUGGAACUGCCGGGCGUACGAACUGCAUCGAAACGAAGCACCGCAAACAAAAGCUCGGGAACCACGGACGAUACACUGGACAACUGGAAGUUCGUGCUGGUUCCAUCGAGACCCCAAGAAUGUGUCUCGUGCAGUUCCACUGACGUCCCACUGGGCGCUGCUAGACGUACAUCACGUGGGGUUACGACGGACGCGCCGGAAAAGUCCAGUGAUGGUAACUGCUCGCCUAUGAGUCCACCAGCAAUUCCAGUCAGCACCAAGGAGGAUGGGAGUGGCAAGAAUCCUGCUGAGUCAUCAUCUCCUUCCGAAUCACUGACUCCCUCCCUUAUCAGUACGGGAGAGCACCAAGCUGCGACGCAAGGUACGUCGCAAGUAUGCUUCAACGAUACCGCCCGCAAGUGCAUUGUACUG